AUGACAACUUGGGCGGUCAUGCGGAGGAAGAUUGUUGCAGCAUUUGGAAUAAAUGGAACUAUGGGAGCAAAGACUUCCAGAUCUGUGCAUGCAGAGAAUUACAUCAGGUCGGAAGACGCUACCCAACGAAGCUACAUGUACCUAGAGACAGAGGCAAUGGAAGCAGAUUUUCUUGAUGAGGACCUGGUUAAAGAAGUUGUGAACACAAUUUACAAGGACUGGAGGACAGUUGGUCUUUCUCUGAAUCUGAGCACAGAAGAAAUUCAGGGAAUUGAGGCAAAAUGUCCGCAGGAAAAAGAACGUACAGUGGAAAUGCUUAGAGCCUGGCAGAGGAAAGGAACUGGAUAUGAUACUAUUUCCCGACUGGCUGAGGCUUGUCGGAGCUGUCACUUUGAUGAACUUGCCAAUGAAUUGGAACAAGGCCUGGUUGACGACAUCAUGCUCUCGAUUGCCAUCAAAAUCGGCCACAACUGGAAGGUUCUUGCAAAGACUCUUCGUCUAGACACCAAAGACAUUGAGCAGUUGGAGGAUUUCUCUGAGGACAAGCAGCCCUAUCAGAUGCUGAUGUUGUGGCGUAGGAGACAGGAUCGCAGCGUAGAUGUGCUGGGUGCUCUGGCCAAGGGACUACGGGAGAGUGGGCUCCCUGAUCUAGCAUACGACCUAGUGCAAGGAGUCACUGAUGAAAUACUAUGCAAGCUAGCCAUGCUGAUAGGAGGCAGCUGGGAGAAGAUUGCUCUGCAUCUGGGAUUCACUGAGGAGGAACUCGAGGAACUCAAAAGUGACAAGUUUUUUGAAACUGCCACCAUCCUCAACAUGCUUACCAAAUGGAGGGAGCGCCAUGACUACACUAGGGAUCGGUUUGGCUUCCUCAUGGAGGCACUGAGGGCUUGUGACUUGAGCAACCUCGCCGAGUUAAUGGAGGAAGAAAGACAUAGAAUGGAGCAGUCUAAAAAGGUUGCUCUUAGUGCGAAGACCGAAGAAUACCCUGAAUAUGCCAAAGACAAAGAUUUUGGGGGCUUUGCGUCCCCGUUAGUGGAAGGUUUCAUUGACCCCCCACCCCGUCUCAGACCGGAGUUCGUGGGCAUGCAGAAGGGCAUCCAGGGGUAUCGGAACUCCUGCUACCUGGACUGCACACUCUUCAGUAUGUUUGCCUACAACGGCGUCUUCGAUCUGCUCCUGCGACGCACGCAGGGCCAGGGCGAUCUGCAGGAGUAUGAGAAAGUCCAGAAGACUCUCAGAGAGAGCAUUGUCAACCCCUUGAGAAUGAAUGGUUUUGUUCGAGCUGAUCGUAUUUUUCAGCUGAGGGAGCACCUGGAUCAGUUAGGCACAACCAAGGGUCUCAUGAGUGAAGAGAAAGAUCCAGAAGAGUUCCUACAUACCUUGCUGUCAGAGGUCUUCAAGUCUCAACCACUCCUGAAAAUCAGGCACGGUGCUAACAAAGCCGUGGAUGAGUCCAACAUUCAUCAGAUAUUCCUAAAGAAAGACGAGUCCUUGACACUCCCAACGGUAGAGCAGCUAUUACUCCAGUCAUUUCAGGAACAUGACCUCAAACUAGUAGAGGCACCAUCAUGCUUGAUUGUGCAGAUGCCAAGAUUUGGCACAGACUACAAAAUGUACAAUCGCAUUUUGCCAUCGCUUCAGCUCGAUGUCACAAAUAUCAUUGAAGACUAUCCCAGGCAGUGUACAGUGUGCGGCAACCUGGCUGUCUUUCAGUGCAGUGAGUGCAAAACAGAGGAAGCUUUGGAAUAUACCACACUUAUCAAGAACUACUGUGAAGACUGUUUCCAAACGAUGCAUGGAGGCACCCAUCGGAAACACCACAAGCCCACCACCCUGACCGUCCCGGACCAUUUCCUGACGGAAUUCUUCUCCAAGACCAUGGAGAAAGGUUUCUCGGAAUUGGUAGUGAACGAACACCAUCAGAGAUUACUGACCCCAAAGCUGAUGGACUUGUUUGCGGUCAUCUGCAUCAAGAGCAGUCAUUACGUAGCAUUUGUGAAGGCUGGGAGGGAGAAAGAUUCUGAAUGGGUGUUCUUUGACAGUAUGGCUGAUAUGCAGGGUGACAAGCAUGGCUACAACAUCCCUCAGAUCACCCACCUCAAGGAUUUCCUGAAAUGGGUGGACAUGGAUCACAUCAAGGCCCGCAUCGAGGGCAAGCAACUGACUGAGAUUGUGGAGAGGCUACUGGGAGACGCAUACAUCUGCAUGUACUCAGAAAAAUUGCGCACGGGAGCGGCUCUGCACUCGGUGGGAAUUUCUGUGGAAGAUUUUGGGGGCUUUGCAUCGCCGUUAGUGAAAGGUUUCAUCGACCCCCCACCUCGCCUCAGACCAGAGUUCGUGGGCAUGGAGAAGGGCAUCCAGGGUUAUCAGAACUCCUGCUACCUGGACAGCACACUCUUCAGUAUGUUUGCCUACAACGGCGUCUUCGAUCCGCUCCUGCGACGCACGCAGGGCCUGGGCGAUCUGCAGGAGUAUGAGAAAGUCCAGAAGACUCUCAGAGAGAGCAUUGUCAACCCCUUGAGAAAGAAUGGUUUUGUUCGAGCUGAUCGUAUUCUUCAGCUGAGGGAGCACCUGGAUCAGUUAGGCACAACCAAGAGUCUAAUGAGUGAAAAGAAAGAUCCGGAAGAGUUCCUAAAUACCUUGCUGUCAGAGGUCUUCAAGUCUCAACCACUCCUGAAAAUCAGGCACGGUGCUAACAAAGCCGUGGCUGAGUCCAACAUUCAUCAGAUAUUCCUAGAGAAAGAUGAGUCCUUGACACUCCCGACGGUAGAGCAGCUAUUACUGCAGUCCUUUCAGGAACAUGACCUCAAACUAGUAGAGGCACCAUCAUGCUUGAUUGUGCAGAUGCCAAGAUUUGGCACAGAGUACAAAAUGUACAACUGGAUUUUGCCAUCGCUUCAGCUUGAUGUCACAAAUAUCAUUGAAGAAUGUAAGUAA